UCCUUUUUUUAAUUACACAAACAAUGGAUCUUUCAAACCUCUCUCUCCCUUCCGCUCCACUGCAUCCCCUUCCCCUAAUCCAAACGAAGCCUUAAGAGAGGGUCAUGGAUGGGUCUCCGAGGGUUCAUAUAAAUUCUCCAACCUCUUCCCGUUUAAUUAAAAACUCUCAAACUCUCAUUCCUCCCUUUUAAAAUUCAACUCAGGAACUCACUCUUACGAGUAAACAAGCAUUCGUAAACAAGUGCACAAAACCCACAAGAAAGAAUCGAGAUCCACCGUCUGAGAUUCCAUUGGGGCUUGGUUUCCUCGUAUCACAUCUCUAUUGUACGAGGUUUCAAUGGCAUUGAGUAAGAUUCCGCGGCACAAUGUUGCUUUGUUCGUUGAAUCAGGUGGCUGCCCUCGCCGGUGUUACGCCACCAGCAAAGUAGACCUGAGGAAGUUCCACCCCUUGAUUCUGGAGAAAAUCGAGAAACGUUCUCAGGCCUACCCUGUUGGCACCAUGGUUCCUGUUGCCAAGGAGGUCCUCCUCUCUAGGAAUGUUCUCAUCCAUGGCGUUUCCACCCUCAUCAACUACUUCCCUUUCAUGGCUUGCAAAUUCUGUCCAGAGAUAUAUAUUGGCGAGCAGGGGCAUUUAAUUCAGACUUGCUGGGGUUACAGGCAUCGUGCCACGAACCGGGUUCAUGAAUGGGUCAAAGGUUGUUUGAAUGAUAUAGUUGUUCCUGUUGAAACAUUUCAGCUGAAAAACAUGUUCCAAGGUGUUAGCCAUAACCAAAGGUUUGACUCUGAUCGCAUCCCUGCUGUUGUUGAGUUAUGCUGGCAAGCAGGGGCUGAUCCCGAUGAUAAAAACCUUUGUCCAAGUAAAUGGAACUUGGAGGCUGCCAAUGGUGGUGUUGACGGAACUGAGUCUUUGUCACCAAAUGAUCUUGCUUCUAUAGCAAAUAACACUCUCAGAGCUUGGGAGACUCUUAGGUCUGGGGUGGGGAAGUUGUUAUCGGUUUAUUCAGUGAAAGUUUGUAAACAUUGUUCUGAGGUUCAUGUUGGGCCAUCUGACCAUAAAGCUAGGCUCUCUGGAGUGUUUAAGUGUGAGAGUUGGAAAGGAGCUCACUUUUGGAUAAAAGCUAAUGUGGAUCAUUUAGUUCCCCCAAAGAUCGUAUGGAGACGAAGACCUCAAGAUCCUCCUGUACUUUUGAAUGAAGGGAGAGACUUCUAUGGGCGUGUUCCAGCUAUAUUGGAUCUGUGCGCAAAAGCUGGUGCUAUUGUGCCUGCAGAGUAUAAUAAAAUGAUGAAAGAGCAAGGUUUGCCUGGUCCUGCCAAUAAUAAAAUUUGGCAAGGGCAUUAGAGCAUCAAGAUUUUGAAAGCAACAAUGAGUUGAAUUCUAAUCAGGCCACUCAAUCAGGGACAGUUUGGAGAACAAAUCUGACUUGUCAUUACUUUCAUCUGCAUUUUUCUGCAUAAUGUCAAG